CAGUAAUACUGCCAAGUUGGACGAGAUUCUUUUUUGACAAUAUGCUCUAAGUUUACCGUUCAGCGAAGCUAUAACAGAUGUUCUUGGCGAACAAUGUCUUUCGCAUAUAAUCUUGAGACCAUGAGAAAACCACGACCAUCUUCCAUGCACCAAUAAAGCCUAAAGCACGACCGGCAUGACAGAUCACCACUCGAAACCCGUUGGCAAAACUGUUGAGUUGUUUACAUCAACAUGGCGGAAUACGGGGAAGGGGCAGAAGGGCGAAGAAAGUGGUUCAUCCCGCUGGAGAAGACGAUCCUGACAGCCCUGGUCGAGCAGCAGAAAUCGAUCGUCGAGUCAAAGAAAAGGGACGGGGCCUCCAACAGAGAGAAGGAGAAGGUGUGGGAGGUGAUCGCCGCCCAGUUCUCGGCCCAUCCGUCCACGCAGCCGAGGACGAGCCGGGAGCUGAGACGCUGCUGGGAGAAUAUGAAAGCGAGAGCGAAGAAGGCUCUGGAGAGUGAUCGAGCAAGAGAAGGAUCUGAAGACAACAGAAACAUUGGUUCAGCUGUGACACCAGAAGUGGAAGCAGUGCUGAAUGUCAUCAGCCCAUAUGAUGAUGUGAAGAAUGUUGUGGUAGAUCCACAAGAUAUAGUGCCAGAUUGUCUGAUGCCAGAAGCCUCUGCAACAACAAACUCCAAUAUCAGAAUGGAGAAUUUUCAGACCAGUCAGUCAUCUGCUUCUGACAACUCUCAGAACUGUGAGCAGCCCUCUUAUUAUGAAAAGCCAAAUGCUGACUUAACUGCCAACAUAGGACCUUCAAGGCGAACAAGAAAACAAAAAAUGGACCAGCUGUGUGAUCAAGAUAUCUUAUUAGCUCAGUUGCAAAUGCAGCAAGCACAGUUGUCAAUAGAAAAUUUAAGACUGGAGAGGAAAACACUUCAGGAACGAUACCAGCAACAAAGGGAAGCUCAUGAAUGGCAGAGAGCACAGCAUGAAGCCAACCUGAAUUUAGCCAUGUUGCAAAUCAAAUUUUGGGAAAAGAAAACUGGAUAUGGUGAUAUGGAAACAUGAACUUGCGUCAAGAAAUGUGCUGGGCCAAAAUUUCGCUGAAAGGAUAUUUUGAUCUUUGAAUUGUUGACUAUUGGAAGUAUUAGCAGCAGUUAUGACUGUCAGAUUUAUUGGGAGUACCUGAGUUAAUCAUGAUCUUAUACUAAAUGUUAUGAAAGUAUUUAAUUGUUUUAUGUUAUAUAUGGUUUGUAAUAGAGUAAAUUUAUUAAAAUCUAACUUCUUUGUUGACAACAAAAAUGAGUUUGAUAAUGUGUUGCACAUUGUGUAUUUUUGGAUACGUUAACCAUUCUAGUUUUAAUAAGAAAAUAUAUAAGAAUAGACAUAUAUAUACAAAUACAUAUAUUUUUAUUAUAUUAUGCAUUGUAAUGUGUGCAGGAUGAAAUCCAGAAACUGUAAUGGAUCGCAGUUGUUCACAAAGUAGCUUUACUUCUAAAGUUAGAAGGUAAUGAGUGAUUAUUUAAACUAUGAUGCUAAUAACUGGGGUAUCUAGUGAUAUUCAGCAAUAUAGAAUUACAAAGGCUUUACAUUAUAGGAAAGGCUGCCAUCUCUGUGAAUGAGGGAGGCUACAUUACUCCCCUGACAAGCUCAGGGUGACUGGUGCUUACACAGAUAAACAUAUUUGAGACUAUAAUGGGUAAAUGAUGCUUAUUCAAGAUACCUCAAGAACUUACAACUACCAGAAGCAUUUCAUCCAGAUGACCAGAAGUGUACCCUACCUCAGAAUAAAGGUGACUUCUACAACAUUAGGUAAUAUAAUAUCACUUUUGACUACUUAAUUCCUUCAAUGUAGAUUAUUGAACAAGCUGUUGCAUCUUCCAUGUUAUUUUACCUUAGAAAGGCAGUGAUUGUGAUAAGACAAAAGAUGCAGUGGUGAAGUUUCAGGCACCUAGGCCAGUGUUCACAAAAGGUCAUAGAAUUUACUUUGACGAAUGUAAAAGGACUCCUAAAAACAGUCUUUGACUACAAAAUUGAUCUAUGACUUAGCCAAAAGACUGUUCUUAGAGAUUUAGUCUCCAUUCUCCCUGUUGCUAUUUUUCAAACUUAACCCAAAUCCGACAGGCAUGGCAUGUACAUACAUGCCAUGCUCACUGUGAGUUUACUUUAUUGUUUUUAUACAUAAAUGGCUACACUUGUACUAAGUCACCAAUGAGCCAAUUACGAGUACAGCCUGUCUUAACUAUUUACCCUUAUUCUUGAUUUUGGAAAAUAUUUUAUGUUAUAUAUAUCCACAACUAAUGUCUAUAAGAUUAUAGUGAUUAUAAUGUCUAUAAUAAAAAUAACACCAUUGAUAUUCAUAGCAAUAGUAAAAAAAAAAGAGUUUUUCAUGCUGAUUCAAGGAAAGGUCAAAUCAGGUAAGGUCACAAGAUCUACUAAUUGACUCCUUUGUGGCUAAGCACAAGCAGAGCCAUCUAUGUGGAGAGACAUUUCACAAAAAUAAAAAAAAUGAGAACAGCAUUCUCCCAGCAGCAUUGAGUUAUAAGCUAAUUUGAACUGAUAUUUAUAUUUUAAAUGACCCUAUAAUAAUAAUUCAAUGAAAUAAAAUUACUAUUGCAGUGAAUUUCAAGUGUAUAAUGACUUUAACUUUAACUUAAUCAUAGACAUAAAAAUUGAUGUCAAAGAUAUUUUCAUGAUUUUUUUUUUUCUCUCUUUUUCUGUCAAAGACAAAUGUUAGUGUAUGAUCUUUCAUGAAUACUGCCCCUAGAUCUGUUAUUAAUGUGCAGCCAUACCAGAUAUUCAGUGACUUUUAUAAUGCUGGUACUACAAAAAUCACAGUGCAUGUUAUGCUGUAGAUAUUGUCAUUUAAAUGAUGUUAUUGAGAAGGCUUAAUCAUGAAAAAUGAUAAAAUAGCUAUAUAUUAAGUUUUAAAAUUAUUCCAAAGGACUUUGUAAUUAAGUAGAUAUAUGUGUCACAUGUUCUUUUUCGGAGUUUGUUUGAAAAAUGGUCAAAUCUGCAGUUUCAGAUUUAGACAGUUCUUUUAUAAAGUGCUAGAAUAAACAAAGUCAAAGUUGGAUAAUUAAACAGUUAUGUUUAAUUUGAUACUAGUUCUCAGUACACUUCAAAUGAUUUAUGAUUUAAGUUAUUGCUUUUGCUGCAAAGAUCUUCAUUUUGUGUCUGUCAUGUAGUAUAAUUAUUUUUUGUAUAUUUUCAUAUGCAUAUAUUUUAUUAUGAUUUUUUUUUUUUUUUAUAUAAUUCUGUGUAUUUAUUAUGGUAGGUUCAGUUUUUAUGCUCAUUUAUGUUUCUAUCUUUCUCCUUUUUUGUGAAACCUCCACAGGUGAUAUUUGAUAAAGUGCAGAUGCUAUAUGACUUAUGAUAAGGUUAUGUUCUGAUAAACCCAUUGUGAGGUUAAAAUAUCUUCAUCCAGAAAGACAUAAAUUACACCUAUUGUAACUUAACAUGCUCGGAACACUUAGAGCUGCCUGUAUUUAGGUAAGUUAUUCAAUACAGUAUUCAUAAAAUGCUAGCAACACAGAUUAUUGGUUGUUUACCCUCAUGAUUGAAUGGCUGAUUGGGAGUUGCAACAUGCUGCUACUUCCCAGUAUCAUGUGAGGUUAUCAUAUUGUAUGUUACUAGCUGAAAUAAAAGUCAGAAUUUGAAAUACAAAAUACUGUUCCUACAAAAUACUUUCUGCUAGAUGCGUAGCGCUUUUGCAGCACUUUUGUACCAUUCUAAAGUUCAGAACAUUUUGAAUCAUUGUUAGAUAAGGACAGUCUGUACUACAAACUUCACUUAUCAUGGCAUUCACACACAAGGAAACACAAGUACACAGGCAAUUGUAUGCAAGAAACACACACACAAAAAAAAAACAAAUAAUCUAUGUUACCUACUUAUUAAUUUUUGCAACCCCAACAACACACAUGCAUGUAUGCUAAUUAACUUACACAAACAAUCUUCUGUGCUGUCUAGAUAUUGUGGGGCCACAAAGAAUUCCAUGGAAAUUCAAGGUAUGUUGUCAUGUUUCAAAUACAAAAAGAGUGAAUGGAUAAAUUGCUUCCUCGUCAUGUAAUCAAAAUUUCACAUCAUAGAUUAUUAAGCAUAUUUUAAAGGUGAAAUUUAUUUUGACUUAUUCUACUGCCAGUGCAAUAGUGUUUGGUUAAUCCUUGGAGAUGGAUAGUGUAUGAAUAUUCCAGGUCUGUAUGAUAUGGUUUGUGAUAAUAAUAGAUAUGUGUGAUUGUUUUCUCCAUUUUCUUCUAUAAUGAGGAGUUGAACUUUUCUCUGCUAUAUGAAAAAUAUAUUAAAUGCCAUUCAUGUUUAUUUAGUAAACAUGGGUUUCGUCCACUUUUUUUAAGAAAAUGUCUGUGAUAAGACAAUUUGUAUGUACUUAGUCAUUAAUAAAUAUAUAAUGGGAAUC